AUGUAUGACACAGCUAUUUGGGCACCUCUAAAUUCUUCAUCUCCCAGGUACAGGGAGAGUACAUUAAUAGGCAAACACUUCAGUAGUGAUCUAAAUAUUUCUGAAGACGAUAUGAAAAACUUUUCUGUGAAUUCUAAACGAUAUACAAUAUAUGUAGUUGCAACUUUGUUCGCAACAGUGCUUUACCUCAGUUUGUUGCUAUCAGUGUUUCAAAGAAAGGAACUGGUCAAUUAUUUUCCAUCAUUCCACCUGAAGCUUAUCGCUUCCAGUACUACAAAAGAGGUUUUAUCAGAUGCCACCAAGGAAGUUUCUACAUCGCCAAACACUGCUAAUACGUUGCCUAUCACAACCAAAUUUAUCUUCUCAGAUGCAUCCAAAACAAAUUCAUUGACUGAGAUUUAUGUGUGUCCCACGUUUGAGGGAAGACUUGGAAAUAAUUUAUUCCAGUUUGCGUCAGGUUUUGGCAUCGCUGUCUCCAAGGGUUUGAAGUUUGUGAUAGGAGAGAAAGACCGAGUAUAUAAAAUGCUACAAUUGAAAAAUAGUAAACACCUUCUGAUCAGUAAAGACAAAAAAGAAUGUAUCAAGGCAAAAGUUCGAAUAGAGCGCCGUAUGUGUUCAUACGAUGACCAGAUAGGAAACUUUACACCAAAUGCAACAUUCAGAGUUGGAAAUUAUCUACAGUCAUGGAAGUAUUUUCAUAAUGCCUCACGGGAAUUACGAGAACAGUUUAAAAUCUGGGUUGAUCUUCAGAAAAAAGUGGAUCAUAUAAUUAAAGUUAUCGUUGAGAAAUUCAACACAACUCGAAAGAAUGUGACUUUAAUUGCUAUCCAUAAUAGACGUGGUGACUACUUAAGUAGAUAUUCGAAUGGUUAUAACGUUGCAACCAAGGAAUACUUUGAGAAAGCUAUGAAAUUUUUCAGUAAUUAUUCUAAUCCUCUUUAUAUUGUUUGCUCCAAUGAUUAUAAGUGGUCUAGGGCCAACAUUCCUAGGAACUACAAGGUAGAGUUUAUACUUGGGAAUUUACCGGAAGUUGAUUUGACUUUAAUGGCUUCAUGUGAUCACAUGAUAUCGUCGGUGGGUACCUAUAGCUGGUGGGCAUCAUGGUUCAAUAAGGGGAAAGUGACUUACUACAAAUGGCCGGCAAGAGAAAGAUCUGGCCUCCGUGUUCAUUUCAGCUCAGAUUAUAUGGAUUAUUUUUAUCCACAUUGGAUAGGAUUAUGA